AUGACAGAUCCACUGGAAGAGCUCCAGAGUCCGCGGAAGGCGAGAGACGACUUCAUCAAGUAUAUGAAAAAUGAGGUGUUCAGAUUGAACUUUUAUCGAGCGCACAUGCUGUACUUUAUUAUCGUCAUCUUCGUCUCCUCGCUUGUUGUGUAUGGUCAAGGUCGUGCCGAUGGACCGAAAGAACUGGGUAGUGCCCAUAUGACGUAUACAGAUGCAUUGUUCCUAUGCUGUAGUGCCAUGACUACAACAGGUCUCAAUCCGGUCGAUCUCGGCCCACUAUCUGGCUACCAACAAGCCACCUUUGCCAUUCUCAUGAUGGUCGGCAACAUACCAUUUGUCUCCGCAGCCGUAGUCUUGAUCAGACGAACUCUGUUCCGCAAGAAACUAGCAGAUGUCGUAAAGCACUCGCACACAAUGCAACGAUUAGUUCAAGAUAUCGAACAAAAUUACCAAUCGGAUCAGGCUGAAAACAGCGGUAGUAAUAGCAACAGAGGCCUACGACAAAGAUCCACAGUAUCUCAAAGCCAUCAAGCCCAAGGCAAACAAUCCCACAAUGAGACCCCAUCCAAAGUGAACACCAAGCCCGCACCUCGUCAACGCAGCUACCACUACGAAACAGGCUUCGGCUUCAUCCCCACACCCUGGGAAACACAAUUCGCACAGAAUCUCUUCCGCCGCUUCAUCGACUUCUUCGCCACAGAACUAAAACCAGAGCAGCAAGACUACAUAUCCUUUAAACCGCAUUUGGAUUCCAGGGGCCGCUUCCGCGAUCUCAGCGAGGCAGAUCGCAUGGAACUCGGAGGCGUCGAGUACCGCGCUUUACAAGCUCUACUCCUGAUUCUGGUCGGCUACCAACUCUUCUGGUAUCUCCUCGGCAUCACCUUCCUCCUCCCUUAUGCAUAUCGAGAGAAUAUCAAAAACGUGCUAUACACCGCCCAACCCGAGGGCAUCAAUCCAGGCUGGUGGGGCUUCUUCGCCACAGUCACUGAGUUUGCAAAUGGUGGUCUGAACAUAUUGAACGCAAACUUUAUCCCCUUCAGCGGCUACCCCUAUGUCCUGCUCGUCUCUGUGACUGUCGCUUUCGCGGGCCAAACGCAGUUUCCGAUCUUUCUUCGCGUCACGAUUUGGGGACUCAAGAAGAUGGCACCCAGGCAGUCACGGUUCAGGAAUACAAUGGAGUUUUUGCUGCAGCAUCCCAGACGCUGCUUCAUCUAUCUUUUUCCGGCGCGUGAGACGCUGUAUUUAUUCGUCGCGCAGUUUGUUAUUGAUGUCACUGCGUGGCUUUGCUUUGAGAUUCUCAAUAUCGGGAUGCCGGAUGUUGAGGCUCUGUCGACUGGGACACGAAUUCUGGAUGGACUCUUUCAAGCCAGUGGACUCAGGACCAGUGGAGCGUACAUCAUCUCUUUGAGUUCUCUUGCUCCAGCAUGUCUGGUUGCGUAUCUCGUCAUCAUGUACAUUUCGAUUUAUCCAAUGACGCUGACACUGAGGAAGACGAACAUGUAUGAGGAAAGAUCAAUUGGACUGGAAGAGAGUGAUAAUAGUGCUACUGGUGUAGCUUCACACUUGCAGAAACAACUAGCCUACGACAUCUGGUUCCAAUUCCUCGUCUUCUUCCUCAUCUGCUGCAUCGAAAGACGUCAUAUCCUGAAUGCCGAUCCCGGCUUCAGCAUCUUUUCCAUACUCUUCGAAGUCACAUCAGCAUAUGGCACCGUCGGCCUGAGUCUCGGUGUGCCCGGUAAAAACUACAGCCUCUGCGGCGACUUUGCCAGCUUGAGCAAAGUCGUGUUGCUAUUUGCAAUGCUUCGCGGUCGCCAUCGAGGUCUGCCUUUUGCAAUUGACCGAAGUAUAUUAUUACCAGGUGAAGAGCUCAUGCACCGCAUGGACCAGGAGUACAGUGCCAAAGGUACCGAGGACCCGCGACAGGAAGCUGAGCUGAGAAAAGAUAUUGAGCGGAGCGGUGUGAAGACGUUGGACAACAAAGGAAAGGGGGAGCAAGACCCUGAGGACAGGAGACGCUCGCAACCGAUCAACCACACUGCUUGCGAAUCGUCGUCGUCGGCGACGGUACAAGCAGAGUCAGAUCCUUGA